AUGUCCCCCACCGCCCCCAUCGAAGUCUACACCACCUCGAACGUCUUCCUCGACUCGCUCGUCGAAGCAGGCAUCAAGCGCGCGUACGUCAACCUCGGGUCGGACCACCCUGCGCUCCUCGAGGCCUUUGCGCACAGGAAGAAGUAUGGCUUGGACAGUCUCGAGAUUGUGACGUGCCCGAAUGAGAUGGUCGGACUCUCCGCUGCGCAAGGUUACGCCCAAGUGACCGGCAAGCCAGCCGCCGUGAUCGUCCACGUCGACUGUGGCACGCAGGCCCUCGCAGGCGCAGUCCACAACGUCUCGACUUGCCGCACCCCCGUACUCAUUUACGCCGGUGCUUCACCCUACACGCAAGACGGCGAACUCGCAGGAAGCCGCAACGAGUUCAUCCACUGGCUCCAAAACGCAGUCGACCAGCCGCAGAUCUUGAGGCAGUAUAUGCGCCAUGUGGGCGAGAUCCGCUCGCCGAAGAACACGAAGCAGGUCGUGAACCGCGCCUUGCAGUUCGCCAAGUCUGAGCCGAUGGGACCGGUGUAUGUUUGGGGACAGCGAGAGGCGACGGAGGAACACAUCGACCCGGCGAGCGUCCCCAAGGUCAGGAAGGACAUCUGGUCUCCCGUCGAGCUCUCGCCUCUCAACGACUCGUCCGUCGCCCGCAUCGGCGACGCCCUCCUGCGCGCCAAGAAACCCCUCAUAAUCACCUCCUACCUCGGCCGCAACCCCCUUGCCGUCACUGCUCUCACUCGCUUCGUCGACCUGACCGCGAUCCCCGUCUUCCAGCCGACUCUCAGCACAGUCAACUUGCCUUUCGACCAUCACUGUCAUGUUGGAGUUGCGUUUGGGGGACGGUGGGAGGUCGUUGAGGAGGCGGAUUGUAUCCUGAUCAUUGAUUCGGAUGUGCCUUGGAUCCCGCUCCACACCAAGCCCCGCGAGGAUGCCGAGAUCUUCCACCUCGACGUCGACCCCCUCAAGGAACGCAUGGCCUUCGCAUCCUACCCCGCCCUCCUCCGCGCAAAAACCGACGCCGCAACCGCCCUUUCCCAACUCUCCCAGUACAUCCAGUCCUCUCCCUCGUUCUCGUCCUCCAAAUCCGCCAUCGACGCCCGGCGUGCCGACCUAAUCUCGAAGCACCAGAAAGCGACGGAGGACCUGAUGAAGCUUGAGCAGGUGCCGAGCGAUGGAGUGAUGACUAGCUCGUUCAUUGUUGGGAUGUAUAGGAGGGUUACGGAGGAGAUGCGGAUCGAGUCGCUCGUUUGUAACGAGGCGAUCUCCAACUACCCCAACGUCUGGAACCACAUCAUCCCGAAGCGCGCCAACUCGCUCAUCUCCUCCGGCGCCUCCUCGCUCGGCUGGGCCCUCGGAGCGGCGAUCGGUGCCACGCAAGGCUCAUACGACUUCCCCUCCCCCUCCUCUUCCGCAAAGAACGACCUCGUCACAGUCUUUGUGGGCGACGGGUCGUUCAUCUUUGGUGUUCCGAGCGCGGCGUAUUGGAUGGCCAGGCGGUACGAGACGCCUUUCUUGACUGUCGUGUUCAACAACGGCGGGUGGAAGUCCCCCAAACUCUCCCUCCUGGGCGUCCACCCCUCCGGACUCGGCGCUUCCGGCCGCACCUCGGACCUAAACGUCUCCUUCGGACCCUCGGACUCGCUCAACCCGGACUACGGCGCGAUCGCCGCUGCAGCCGGCGGGGCAUGGCACGAGAAGGUCUUGAAGGCGGGUGAGUUGGAGGAACAGAUGAGGGAGGCGGUGAGGGUCGUCAGGGAGGAGAAGAGGUGCGCGGUGUUGGAUUGCUGGUUGAGUAGGUUCUGA